AGCAAAUGGGAAGCCAAGACAGGACAGGGUCUCGCUGUUGGUUGGACUUGGAGGACAAGAAAUAAGUAGAAGUUUCAAGGGAGCAAGAUAAAGCAAAUGGCAACUCCUCUGCCUCUCCUUCUCAGAAACCCUCCUCACCGUCUCUGCACUCACCGCCUCCUCCCUCCUCUUUCCACCACCACCAUCAAACCCUUCUCUCUGGUUUCCUUCUCCUCCUCCAACACCAGGUCCUUUCCCAUCCUAAAGUCCGCUCAGAUGGAAGGGGGUGAAAUUACAGAGGAAGUUACAGAGAUAAGUUCAACUGAGACCAAUGUGAUUGGGAAGAAGAAAAUAUUUGUGGCUGGUGCCACUGGAAAUACUGGUAAAAGAAUUGUUGAGCAGCUGCUGGCCAAGGGUUUCUCAGUUAAAGCCGGAGUUCGGAACUUGGAGAAAGCGAAAGCUAGCCUUCCCUCAGACAACCCAGCUCUUCAAAUUGUGAAGGCAGAUGUGACAGAUGGUUCUGCUAAGUUAGCAGAAGUGAUAAGUGAUGAUUCAGAAGCUGUGAUUUGUGCCACUGGAUUUAGCUACGGAUGGGAUGUGUUUGCUCCAUGGAAGGUUGAUAAUUUUGGCACAGUAAACCUUGUUGAAGCAUGCCGUAAACUUGGUGUGAACCGGUUUAUUCUUGUGAGUUCCAUCUUGGUCAAUGGAGCAGCAAUGGGGCAGAUUCUCAACCCAGCUUACAUCUUCCUCAAUGUUUUUGGGCUCACCUUAAUAGCAAAGCUUCAGGCAGAGAAUUAUAUCAGGAAGUCUGGCAUAAACUACACGAUUAUAAGGCCCGGUGGGUUGAGAAACGACCCUCCAACCGGAAAUCUUGUAAUGGAGCCAGAGGACACUCUUUCGGAAGGCAGCAUCUCUAGAGACCUGGUUGCAGAAGUGGCUGUAGAGGCAUUACGGAAUCCUGAAGCGUCUUACAAGGUUGUGGAGAUAGUUUCGCGGCCUGAUGCCCCUAAGCGUUCUUAUGAGGAUCUUUUCGGUUCCAUCAAGCAACGGUGAUCUUUCACUCACUCAGUUUCAUUCCGGAACCAGAUUACUAUGUUGCUUUGCCUAUAUUUGGUUAUAUGAAAGAAUUGAAACUAAAUUAUGAAGAAUUCUCUUGAUUUCUUGAAACCAAAUUUAAUUAAUCAUAAGAAAUUGAACAUCACUUCCAAAAGAAAAUAAGCAAGGAAAAAAACAUGAUGGGGAACUUAAAUGAACAAGUUUAAAACAAGAAGGCCAGCAAAGAAGCCAUGGCUCCUAGUGCAGCAGCAGGAACACCUAGAGCAGCUGCGGCGCUCUCCAUCGGUGCAGGUGCAGGAACACCAACAUCUUCAGCAGCUCCGAGCGACGCGAAGCUCACAAGAACAAUCAUGCAGAUGGUGAAAACCAUGGCCAUUUUGCACCCCUCCAUAUUUUCUUCUUCUUCUGAUACUAAUUCUCAAGUCACAAGUGGAAGAAG